AUGUCUGCUCUUUUCAAUUUUUCCUCAUUAUUGCAGGUUAUAUUACUAUUGAUUUGUUCAAGUACUUAUAUUCAUUCACAAUGGCCUUCGCUAUUUGAUAGGUAUAAGGAUACUGGUGUGUUAUCUACUUUUUGGAAACUUUCACGUAUAGGUGAAAGGGCAUCUCCAUAUGUCAGUAUUGCAUGCAUUAUUAUGGCUGUCAACCAAUUCAACAGCUAA